AAAUUAAGGACUAAUAAUCCUUGACAAAUUAACCAACGUCCAGCUGUAGAGUCUGUAUUCUAAUUAAGAAAUAACAAAACGAUGAGAUGAAUCAGAGCAGUCUCUGGCAAUGGCGGCCCACCAAUCGGAACACUGCCGUCACCACUGUCAUCUUCUUUCUCCUCGCCUUCGUUGUUCUUUCAGCCUUCAUGGGUUGGUUUGAUAUUGUAUUUUCUACAUUUUACUUAGGCCUUUCGGUUCAGCAACAAACCCCCUUGAAUCCCCUGAAUUGCGAAAAUCAAACAAAAAUUACAUGUCCAAUAUCAAAGUACCUCACAACCACACACAACGUCACCAAUCCUGACAAUUUAUCUGGUAUCAGGUGUCCAUCAUACUUCCGAUGGAUCCAUGAGGAUCUAAGGCCGUGGAGGGAGACCGGAGUCACCAAAGACAUGGGGGAACUGGCACGUAAGUCUGAAAAUUUCAGGCUGGUCAUUGUGAACGGAAAGGCCUAUUUACAAAAGUACAUGGGGUGUUAUGAGACUAGGGAUGUGUUUUCUUUGUGGGGAAUCCUACAGCUUCUGAGAUGGUACCCUGGAAGAUUGCCCGACUUGGACAUGAUGUUUGAAUGUGGUGAUCUUCCAGGGAUCCCCUCCGCAAGUUUCUGUUGGAGUUGUGGUGUGAAAGCUGCACAAGAGGCAGCAAAUGAAAAGAAGGCUGCACAAGUGGCAACAAAAAGAAAAGAAGGGAGAGCUGCAUCAAAGCACGGUAGUAGCAAAGUGCAGCAAGCCAAGCUGCAAAUGUUGAUCAAAUGAGGCUGUAAUGAAAUGUAAAUGAGGCUGCAAAGUAGCAGCAAGUACAGCCACAUGAAGCUGCACAAGUGGCAGCAAGUCUUUUAAUGUAAUCUUGCCUUAAAUGCAUUAGAUAAGUGUUAGAUGAGAAAACUACCUUUAUGUACUAUGAAGUUUCUGCUAUAUAAUGGCAGAAAAUGAAUGAAAAAAAAGAGUUUUC